UUGAGCGCAACUUUUUCCUGCAGCGUUGGCACAAGAGACGGUAAAAAAAAAAGUUCUGAGGAAACACGUCUGCGCGCGAUAAUAAAUCACAGAAAACUAAUUUAUAGGCAGCAUUUGCCUCACUACGGCGUUCCACACAUCCAGUCCUCAGUUACUCUACUUUUCUUUUCUUGUAGAUUAGAUAUCUGAAAUCUGUUCAUCACGUUGGCUCGUGCUGCCGCGCGUGCAGACCCGAUGUCUGCGCACCCCGUCGGUGCCUCCGCGCCGCACCCGGACGAGGAGAGCAGGAGCCGCAGCACGAGUCCGGGGGCACAGUAGGCUGUGUCUCGGUCCGGACACAAUGCGUGGAGAUGCGACACGGAGACGGGAUUCUCACGCGAUCGAGAAUCGACAGAACAACUGCAGGUUUGCUUCAUCCUCCACCUGAACGCAGAGAAGCAGCGUGAAGCAACGCGGGAUAAAGCUCCAGUUUUAGUCAACAAGCUAUAACCAAGUGAAAAACCAGCCUGUAGAGCUCCAACUACAACGCCAAAACCUAAAAAAUGAAGAUCAAAUAUGGAAUAAUCUUCAUCUGCAUUAUAGCCGUGCUCCUCAUUGAAAAAGAAAGUAGUAUCCUCUCGAGGUUGUGUGAUACACUGAUGAGGAAGCAACGUCCACAGCAGACCCCUCAAGAUGAAAGCAUUACAACACAAAAAGGCUCAUUGACGUUCCUCCAAGUGCUGCUCUCUAAACUAUCUUAUCCAAAAUGGAAUUACACAAAUUCAUCAGAGGAGCCAGAAAAAGAAGACCAGAAGGAUUUAGAGACCAGAGGACAUAAGCAUGUGCUACUCAUGGCCAGCACAAGGACAGGCUCCUCCUUUGUGGGGGAGCUUUUUAACCAGCAUGGGGAGGGCAUGUUCUAUUUGUUUGAGCCUCUAUGGCACGUUGAACGUAUGCUGGCCUCAACAGCAGAGACAACCAAUGGGACAGACGUGCCAGGAAUCUUCCGGGAUGUACUUCAUGCCCUCUUCUUGUGUGAUUUCUCUUCCCUUGAGAAUUUCAUCCUGCCUCCACCAAAGGACCACGUCACCCCCGAUCUUUUUCGUAGAGAGUCUAGUUUAUCCCUCUGUGAAGAGUCUGUCUGUAGUCCUGUGGACAAAGACGUUUUUCAGAGGUAUCGAUGCAAGACUCGUCGCUGUGGGCCGCUGAACUUGACUCUGGCAGCUCAGUCCUGCCUCUCUAAAAAGCACCAUGCCAUCAAGUCUGUUCGUGUGCGACUCCUGGAAACGCUUCAGCCAUUGUUAGAGGAUCCUCGCCUUGAUGUCAGAGUCAUCCAGCUGGUCCGAGAUCCUCGAGCCAUCCUAGCAUCGCGCAUGGCGGCUUUCUCGUCACAGUACCAUAUGUGGAAAAACUGGGCGCAGGAUGGCCAGGUACCUGAAGACGAUGAAGAGGUGAUGAGGCUCAAAGGAAGCUGUAAUCAAGUCAGGAGCUCUGUAGAGAUGGGACUGAGCCAGCCUGCCUGGCUACGGGGACGCUACAUGUUAGUGCGUUAUGAAGAUAUUGCUCUGGACCCCAUGCAGAAGGCGGAGGAGAUGUACAAGUUUGCAGAAAUACCAUUUAGUUCCCAAGCUCGAGAGUGGAUCCUGAAGAACACACACGCUACAGAGGAAGCCAGUAGCUACUUCUCCACUCAGAAGAACUCUUCAGAACAAGCAGAGAAGUGGAGAUUCAGUAUUCCCUUUAGUUUGGCUCAGGUGGUACAGAAAGUGUGUGGACCAACCAUGCAGUUGUUUGGAUACAAAUUUGUGAAUGAUGAAAAGACAUUGAUCAAUAAAUCUUUUAGCUUGCGUGAAGAUAAACAAUUUAAUUAAUCAGAAGGUGGAAAUGGCAUUCAACAAAUCAAAGGAGCCAAAAACCAAACUUAUUCGUUGGUAUGGUCACAAUAACGUUCAUUCUCACCAGUUAUGUGUUUAAUUUUACCAAAUGCCAAACGGUACAAAGAAAAUGAAAUUAUCUGUUUGCUGUUUUUACAUUUUUAAAGGUGUGGAACACUGAAAAAUAUUUUUUUAAAUCUUAUUUCUUAUUUUAAUUCAUGCAGGUUGAACAUGAAAAUAGUCUCCUACACCUAUCUCCUGCAAUUACUUCUGAUAUAAAAUAGACUGUGAAACUCUAAGAUUUGAAAAGCCUGACAGAUCCACCUCACACUUUCAAUUAACAUUCAUGGACUCACGCAUCUGAACACACAACAGGGGAGGCUGUAUUUGCUUUAGUGUUUAGAAAACAGCAGACAAUGUCCCAACUAGUUGAAGCUAACCGUUAGUAUUAUGGGCCAUUCCCAUCUGUGCCGGGUAGAGUAGGUUGUUUACAUAUCUGGGUGGCCUGGUAUUUUUCCGGGCCAACCAAGGCUCAUUCUCAGCCCUCUUCUCGAGGGGGUCUGCUUCAGGCCGACCAGGGCCAACACACCCACUGCUGACAGCAAAUUCACACCUUCCAUUAGAGCAAGCCUCUGAUUGGUGGGUAGAAUCAGCCCACAUGUACUUAAGACAAGGAUGUGUGGAAUCAACCAGGCCAACUGGGGCUACCCGGCCCGGGCCGACCCGGUACAAAUGGGAAUGGCCCAUUAGCGACUUCACCAGAACUCCUUCAGGCAUGUGCCAGUGUGCACCAGGGCUGCUGUGGCUGCAAUGUAGCUAAUCACCACCAGGGUGUGAAUGUGUGUGGAAAUGGGUGAAUGCCUGAUUUUUUUGUAAAGCACCU